AGAUCAUAUCGGUCAAGUGACACGAGAGGCAUUCACUAGUGACGCAUUCGCACCGCGCCCGCUUGUCAGAUAGUCCGCUGCAUAAAUAUAAAGCCAUGUCUCGGAGUUGUGCGAUCGUGUUGGCCCUCUGUGGAUUCGCCGCAAUCACAACAUUACCUGUCUCCAAAGCGCAAGGCUUGUCUUCUCAAUAUGACACGUCAGCAGCAGCAGCAGAGAGUCAAAGUGGUUGGGAUGCUCUUGGCGGUCUAUAUGCUUUGCUGGCACAGCAUGACGCCCUGGGAGGACACGCAUUAGCCCGCAAGUCCGUGCGGUCACCCUCUCGACGACUCCGGUUUGGUCGGCGAUCGGACCCCGAUAUGCCACCACAGGCACCCCUUGACGAGAUGGACGAGUUGUUGUCUCUGCGCGACGUGCGCACUCCCGUCCGUCUUCGCUUCGGCCGCCGUUCUGACGAACGCGCUGUACCCCACAUCUUCCCGCAAGAGGAACAAGACCGCGACGUCCGUGCUCCAUCAAUGCGCCUGAGAUUCGGCCGCCGAUCAGACAACAACAUGUUCUUAAUGCCCUAUGAACCGGCUGUGCCCAAGGAAGUUAAAGCUAACGGGUCAGUUGAGGACGACAGACAGCAGUAUUAAACAACUUCGCCGAACAUAUCCACACGUACCUAUAAAUUAAUAUUAUCCGCUCCCUUAAAUAAAUUUCAACACCUAUUAAUAAGUACAACGUAUUGCAUUUUACGUGUCAAAUAAAAAUUUAAAUAUUAUAUAAAAUUUUAAAUGUUAUUUCAAGUAAGUAAGCUAUAUGUACAUAUAUAAUAAUCAGAUAGUAUUUAUUGUAUGUGAUUAAAAAAUGUUAUUCAUGGUUUCUAUUCGGUCGCUAGAUAUGUUAAUCACCUCUCACUUGUAACUCUUCUUCCUUUAUCUGUUUGAUCCUUAAAAUUAAACUGUGAUCAAUUGAUAACUUGUUAAAUUUUACCCUCCUCUUAUCUGGUUUUAAUCAGAGUAUUUUAUAUUAUAAGUACCAAUGAUAUUCUAGUCAAUAUUAUAAUUAAGACUGUUUCAUAUUAUGUUGAUCUCUUACUCAUAAUAUCUUUUAAAUUAAGGUAUCACAGCGAAGAGUUGUACAUUUUAUGAGCUGGGCAAAUGUAAAACUACUUCGCUUCGUUACUUCUAAGUUUAAAGUGAUUGCUAUUUAUGAAAACAGUAUUUGAAAUGUUGUAAUUCAAUGUAAAUCAUGGCGUAACGUUUAUUUAACACUAAGUGUAGUGAAACUAUGUUUAAUUUUGUAUAGAUAUUAUAUAGAGCAAAAAAUUAAU